UGUGCGGGUGGCAUGCUUCUCAGUGUGUGGGUGCGUUCGACUGACUUCGCGGCGUGAUAUUGUUGUGACAGUGUUGAUUGUUGCCGGGAUGCCUUGUGGUGGCUCAGUGCAUAUAGAAACCACAGGAUGGCCGUAAUACAAUCACUGGUACUCCUGCUAACUACAGCUCUGCUCGGUGCGGUGGGCAUCCAGAUCACGGACCUCAGGGUACCGCCUGCUGUCCGGAACAACUCAGGCUCAGCCGCGCUUCUGGACUGCGAGUACACGCUGAAGCCGGAGGAACUGGCCGCAGACAAGUACUCGGGCCUUGUGGUGAAGUGGUACUUCAAAAACAGUCCGAGUCCGGUGUACCAGUGGAUCCCGGGACAGAAGCCGCAGGACCUGGGCAUUCUCAAGGGCAAGCUGGACCUGAGUCACCGUGCCUCAGACCACGGAGCCACAAUGCACCGCGCUCUCUACAUCACAAACCCCACGACCGAACUUUCGGGAGAAUACAAGUGCUUCGUGUCCACCUUCGACGACGAGGAUUUCAUGACCAAGAAGAUGGUCGUCUUCGGUGAGUAG